CUGCUAUAGUACUAGCUAACUUUAGGUUAAUGUGAUAAUGUUAUGCUACAUUAGCUUGCUGUGGCACUAGUCAACUAGCUUCAAUCGUUUGCUACCAUCAGCUAAACAUUACUGGUGAUUUGAGAUUAAUAAUUUAAAUAUCAGUGAUUAUGAAGUAAAGUUCCAACUUUCAUCCUAUGAGCCUCUCAAAUCGAAAUGAAUUGUCAAUAAUUAAACUUUUUUAACCUAAAAUAAUUCCUGUGUUAUUUAACAUACACUUUCUUAAUUUACCACACUGCAUUCUAUUCCAGUAUAUGCUGAAUUUUUUUGUGUUUUCCAAAUAUUUCAGUCAUAAAUUGAUGCAGAAAAGAACUAAUUGGUGUUUUAAAAAUCCAUCAGAAUGCAGGAAAAUGUUCAAGGAGAAAAAACGGUUUGGUUCAUGAACAAACUUUAAUACAGAAUAAAAUUUAAAAAAAAAAAAAAAAACGGCCUGAAUGAACGGAAUAUUCGUGUUUUAUCGGACAUUUAGACAGAAGCUGCUCCACAAGGUCACUCAGACCGAGGCGCGUUCCCGGCUCUCAUCGGAGCGGGAGCGCGCCCCUCCAGGACCCGGGGGGCUCGCGGACAGACCGGCAGGACGUGGAGCUCGCGCAGCGUUUUUCCUCAGUAACGGACCGUUAAAUUCAGAUUAACGGGAAAAUAAAGCCGUAAAGAGACGACAGAGGAAAAUGUCAACGGAGGUUUCUGUGAUUGAUCGGGUCCGUCCGGUCCUGACAGAGUUGGGUUCUUCAGGUUCGGAGUGACCACAGGAGAACAGUCCAUGUACUGACCAAUCACCUCUGGUCCAGCAGAGCGUUCGGAAAGAAGCUCCCAAAGCAGAGAGGAAGGAAACCGACAGCAACGCCUCGGCUUAAGGACCGCUUCAUCCAACAGACUCCUCCAGAUAGAAACAUCUCACCGUUUUAACCGAACAUGAGUCCAAACUGGAGAUCAACCCUCAACUCAAGAUGAACCCUUAUGUGACGUCUCACUUCAGGAGGGAUCUGUUUCCCCAUUUUCAUUUGUUGUAGACUCCUGUCCUCCCCGCUGUGAAUCAGAUGACUUCUUCCUGUAGUUGUUAAAUCAGUAGCUGCUCAGGGCUGAGGACUGGUUCUGUUCUGGUUCUGGGAAGGUAAAUACUAGCACUUGCUGACGGAUGUUUUUGCACGUUUAGCUCAACUUUUAAGAACAGAUUCUGCAAAAUGGAGGCGCUUUAAACCCUCACGCAUGCUCCUCUCAUAGCACUUUCUUUUGCAAGUUGUUGUCGCCUUAUUUCUCAACUCUUCUUUCAACUGUGGCGCCUGAAAACCUCCAGAAAAAUGUAAAACUGCCCCGACCUGUGCACUUACCCUGUCAGAGGCAGAUCAAAGUAAUCUGUUGUUUUCUGUCUUUCUUCUUUUUCUUCUUCUUAUCUCCUGUCAGGUGAUUUCUCAGCCGUAAUGCUGAGCUCUAAUGAGGUACGUCUGCUCUGAGGCCGUCGCAGGUGAUUGUUAGCAGCAGUUUGUUAUUCAGGUCUUUGGACAAACCGACGAUGGCCGACAGACAGAUAUGCAGACACUCGGACAGAAAGUGUGAAAUUGUCAAAGCGGUGACAUGAUUGGGCAAAAAAAUGGCUAACAAGAUGCGGUUCUUCCAGCUGGGCCCCUCUUGCUGGGCAUUUCUUUGAGAAAGUUCUAGAAAAAGUGACCUGAAACAUUUCGAUAUUUGAUUGUGCAGCUCAGACCUGCUGAGUAACGUUUAACUGGAUUGUGUAUUUUGUUUCCUCAUGCCCGUACCACUGGGAAGAACAUCCAUCGUAAGAACUGGCAUGUUUUCUCCUUAUUCCUCUGCAUGUUGUGGUUCAGUCUGAGGUUAGCUUAGCUUCGUCUGUACGUCCUGAAACGUCUCCUGCAUCAUCAGUGUUUAUCAGAACCCUCCACGCUGUUCCUCCUGUUAGGAACUGAGCAGAACCAAACCUGCAUGUUUCUCUGAUGCAUUUUGACUCACCAAAUCAGACUCCUUGGACUGGUUGACAUCCUUCUUUUCAGCUCACGUCGCUGCACAUACUUUACUGAUUGGAGGACACUAAAUAUUCUUGAACCUACCCGGACGUUUGCUGGAAGGAUAAACGGAGCAGGUUGUGGAGGUCAUGAUGGACCUGCAGCUUUCUCCUCACUAAGACUAAGGACUGGUUGCACCAAACAGACCUUCUUUGCCCACUGAUAAUCCAUAAACUCUGAGAAUCUUUUACGAUGGGAGCGGCUCGAGUGAAACGCCGCUUCAGCGCUGUGGUGGAUGGGCCGGUGGAGGAGGAGGAGGUCAUGAGGCUGGCUCAGAGCGCGGUGGACACGGCUCAGGCCGGCGGGAGUCUAGCCGGCUCCGGCAGCCCGACCAGCCUGUCGCCGACCCUCAACGGCAGAGCUCUUCCCCUGCAGAGCGCCGGUGCUCGGAGGCAGAGUGUCGUCGGGGAGGCAGCUGGGGGAGACGGAGGAGAAGGCGGGGUGAGAUCGGGGCGAGGCAGCGGCGACGGGGGGAGAGGGCGUGGCCACUCGUCGUCCGACCAGGAUUCGCUGUCUUCCCCCUCCGUCGCCAGCCGCCGGCGCAGCAGGCGCUCCAGCCGCCGGCCCCGACAACGCUUUGUGGGCAAGGACGGACGCUGCAACGUCACCUUCGUCAACAUGAGCGAGAGGGGCCAGCGGUACCUCAGCGACCUCUUCACCACCUGCGUGGACAUCCGCUGGCGCUGGAUGCUGGUCAUCUUCACCCUCUCCUUCCUGCUCUCCUGGCUGCUCUUUGGAUUCGCCUUCUGGCUUAUCGCCUCCGCGCACGGGGACCUCUCCGUCCGCCUCAGCGCCGGCCCGGGUUCCUCUCCUGGGGGGUCAGGAGAAGCCGGCUCUGGAGGCGAGUCCGACAGAGAGGUGGCCGUGGAGGAGCCCUGCUUCCUCCAGGUGAACAGCUUCAUGGCGGCCUUCCUGUUCUCCCUGGAGACGCAGACGUCCAUCGGUUACGGCUUCCGGAGCGUGACCGAGGAGUGCCCCCUGGCGGUGGUGGCGGUCGUCUUGCAGUGCAUCGUGGGCUGCAUCAUCGACGCUUUCAUCAUCGGGGCGGUCAUGGCAAAGAUCGCCAAGCCCAAGAAGCGCAACGAGACGCUGGUGUUCUCCGACACGGCGGUGGUGGCGCUGAGGGACGGAAAACUCUGCAUGAUGUGGAGGGUCGGAAACCUCCGGAAGAGCCACCUGGUAGAGGCUCACGUCCGGGCACAGCUACUGAAGUCCAGGGUGACCCCAGAGGGCGAGUUCUUGCCACUGGACAACGCCGACAUCAAUGUGGGCUUUGACACCGGGACCGACCGGAUCUUCCUGGUGUCGCCCGUCACCAUCGUCCACGAGAUCAACGACGAGUCGCCGUUCUUCGAGAUGGACCGCCGGAUGCUGGAGAGUGACUCGGAGCUGGAGGUGGUGGUGAUCUUGGAGGGCAUGGUGGAGGCCACGGCCAUGACCACCCAGUGCCGGAGCUCCUACCUGGCCUCGGAGAUCCUCUGGGGACACCGAUUCGAGCCGGUGCUGUUCGAGAGGAAAGACUGCUACCAGGUGGACUACUCGUUCUUCCAUCGGACCUACGAGAUCCCAAACACUCCGUCCUGCAGCGCCAAAGAACUCGCCGAGGAGAAAUACAUCCACAGCUCCAGAUCAUCUUUCUGCUACGAGAACGAAGUGGCUCUGCAGCUCGUCUCUCCUGAGGACGAACCGGAUCCAGAACCGGGGCGACGUUCACCUCCGACCCGGAGAACCUCGCUGGCGGAACACCUGCACUACAACUGAAUCUGGCAGACGGAGAUCAGGGAAGCAGAGACGAGAAGACGAGGACAGAACCAGAGAUCUAGAGGAGACAGAACCAGUGGUGAUAGAACCAGUGGAGACAGAACCAGUGGUGAUAGAACCAGUGAGGAUAGAACCAGUGAGGAUAGAACCAGUGAGGAUAGAACCAGUGAGGAUAGAACCAGUGGUUAUAGAACCAGUGGAGAUAGAACCAGUGGUGAUAGAACCAGUGGAGAUAGAACCAGUGGUGAUAGAACCAGUGGUGAUACAACCAGUGAGGAUAGAACCAGAGGUGAUAGAACCAGUGGAGAUAGAACCGGUGGAGAUAGAACCAGAGGUGAUAGAACCAAUGGGGAUAGAGCCAGAGAGGAUAGAACCAAUGGGGAUAGAACCAGUGGUUAUAGAACCAGAGGUGAUAGAACCAGUGGAGAUAGAACCAGUGGAGAUAGAACCAGUGAAGAUAGAACCAAUGGGAAUAGAACCAGUGGAGAAUAAGGGAUAGAACCAGAGGUGAUAGAACCAGUGGUUAGAGGAGAUAAAACCCAGAUUUGCUCCAGAACUGUGCAGAAAUGAAGAAGGAAAACGUCUGGGUUCUGAGCCGGUUGUCUGAUUGGUCCUGGCAAUCUUUAGAAUCAUUGAAAACUCGUCUGCUGAGUCUCACAUCUGGCCCAUCACCACCACAGCGCACAUCUGGUAGGACGUGCAGCAGCGCCCCCCGGUGGCUGCAGCCUGUAACUGCACCCUGGUUUUCCAGGUUUCUGGAAUGUUUCUCUCUUUUAUUUCCUGGUAAGUAUCGAAACAGAGCGACGUCACGAAGGAACAGCUGGAAACGAGCAGCGGUUUUCACCUGUUUGUUCCCGUGUGAUGUUGGUGGCUUUUUUUUGUAUUUUGUUCUGCAAAAUGCAACAAAAUGUCCUCUGCUUUAUUUAACGUGACGUUAGUGUUGAACUGAACGAAGCAAGUGAUGUUUGCAGCGUUUCCUGCUCUUCUGUCUGUAGUUUCUUCUUAUCUUUUCUUGCUGUUGUUUUGUUGUUUUGGAUUCUGAUGAACUGAUGAUAAAUGAAGUGUCUUGGAGGACUUUUAAAGCUGCAGACUGGUUCCUAUAAACGCAUUUAAGACGUCCAACGUCAGCGGAACUGAUCCGUAUUCUGAAGAUGACGCUUCUCGACUGAGAAACCGGAAACUAUGCAACGUUUUCUGCACAUUAUUCUGUAUUUUUGUGCUCCUAAACUGUUUAAUGUUGAUGUUGGUUCAGCAGGCGGUGCCUUCAGGACAGAGAUUUCACGUGCAGCAGUUUGUUUCACGUUGUUUUUAUUGUGUGUUUUUGCAGAACGCUGCUUUUAUUCUCAGUCACUUUAACACAGGGGUGUCAAACUCCUCUUAGUCCAGGUUCACAGUCUGAUGUCCAGUAAAACCAGCAAAACCACAGCAUAAUAACCUAUAAAUAACCACAACUCCUAAUGGUUCCGUUGUUUUAGUGCAAAAAUGUUCACAUUUAAAGAAUUAUCUUUUUACUAAACAUCAUGAACAACCUGAAAUUUAGUCAGGAAAAUAAAUCCAAUUUCAGCAACA